AUGGCCAAGACAUGCCACCCCAGCAAUGCGAGGGUGUGCAAGAGGACGUGCAAGAAGGCUGAAAGGAAGAGUCCGAGCAUUCAGUGUGGCUAUCGUAAAUGCACAAAGCUGGACAUUGAUUGCAAAAACUCUUCGCAUGUGCUCAGCAUCAAGAAUGUCAACCUUCAGCAGUGCCGACCCUUGAGGAAGCACGUGCAGACCGUCAGGUUCUGCUCCAAGUCGCAUUUGCACAGCUGCAAGCUACAGCAAGGAGCACAGACUGAGAAGACGAGCAGUCGGGCAAAACGCAAUGCGAAAGGCAGGGUGCCUCUCACGGCAAUGCAGGUUGGAAUCCUUUUCCGCACUCUUGUGCAGCAGGUUAAUUGUCCAUGGGCGGGUGCAUUGUGCUUGUUACAACUGUUCCUGGGAGACAGAGCUGAUGCAGCCAGGCAAGCCUCUACAGAGUGGUUUCGGAAUUUGAACCCAGAGACCGGGAAUCCUCCAGGCGUGGCCAUUCCAGACUGCAAUGACAAAACAACGGUGAGAGAAAAUUAUCUCUCAGAAGGAUUUGCGGCACUGCUAUGGCAUUGGGUUCUAGAGCCCUUGAAGGGCCGUGACGACAAGAGCUCAUGGCCACACCCGGGCCAGAACCUGCACCGUGCGUUCCUGAACAAUGAGCAUAUGCUCCUGUUUCCUGGGCGAGUUUGCGGAGGGUUGGACCGACGAAACUGGGACAAAGCCAUUAGUGAGAAAGCAUACUACAAUGCAAUCCGUGAAGCAGCUGGCAUUAUUCAGCGUGAGCGAGCACAGGCACAUAGCCAGCAAUCCAGCCACUCAUUUGACGGCGUUGAUUUGGAUCGCUUGGGCACACACAGUAUGAAGAAAACCCUUGUUACAGAACUGUGUGAGCAGAACGUGUCACUGGCAGUGAUAAGUCAGUUGACUGGCACCACGGAGGAGGUGUUGUUGCGUCACUAUUACAAGCCUAGUCAAGAAAAACAGCAGGAAGCUGUUUCUAAGGGCUUGGCCAGGGUGGUAGCAGCUGUUUCCCCGAAAGUUUCACCACAGGAAGGAAGUGCUGAAAGUUAUUGUACGAAAUGUGGCAGGCAACGGGACCCUGAUUGGAAUUUCUGCCCGAAAUGUGGCACCAAGUUCAAUGACACGGCAUGA